AUGCUGAGAGACGCUGCUGGUCGUAUUGCCAAUUCCCCUGCCGCAGCUGCCGAAGAUGCCGCUCCGACGUGCGCGGGAGCAUUGCUUCUCCGAGAUGAGGACCGUGUCCUCGUGGUUGCAGAUGGAGCAGGUCUGCGUGUGGGAGACGUAUUUGCACAUGUCUGGGGCUAUGUUGUUAUUCACACAGCUUCGUGGAUGUUCAUAGUCUUCAUCAUACUGUAA